AUGGCGUCCAUUGCCGCUUCAGUCACCUCGCAAUACUCCAAUCAAUCCUCCAACGAUAUUAAGCUCCGAAUAAUUAUUUCAGCACAUGGUAUUGUGAUUGAUGAUGCCGGCUUAAGUAUUCCUCAAGAUGUAGAGGCUAUCAUCAACACUCACAUUCCACCUGCAGCAACUCCUCUCACAGCAGAUGAAUAUACCUUGAUCCAGCGAACGAUACUCAAUUUAUGGGAUAACAAAGACGCCUUUGUGCUUAGAUCCCUAGUUCAACCUCCACUCUUCCCGAGCUUGGACCAAAUUCUCAAAUCUGGCCAUGAUACUGCUUGGAGCAAGGAACCAACCCCUCAGCAGGAGAACCAGGCCGAAAUGCCUGCCUCAAAGGCUGCUAUCCAUGUUGGAUUUAUGACUGGGCUUCACUGCCGUCGACUAGACGCAAUAACCCAGCUCUGGUCUCUCGUAAUAAAAUCUUGA